AGAGAAACAACUGAUAAUUCAGAGUAUGUUUUUUUCUUUCUUUGCGCAUUUUUUUUAUUUUUAAUUAUUUAUUUCUGGGGUUUUGUUUGAAUUAGUCACCCCUUUUUCCUAUGAACUCUCACAAUUUCUGAGAUUUGCUGUACAGCCAUUUUUCUGGGUGUUGUCCUUUCAAGUGAGAGAAAGAGUAUAGCUCUAAAAACCCCACAAUUUUUUUUUUUUCAAUUUUAAGGGCUUAUCUUCUGAUCUGAAUCAUUUCUAUUUCUUUUUCAGCUCUUCAAUCCAAUUUUUCUGGUAAAAUUUCAUGUCGGGUUGUGUUAUUUCAUCAGAUUUUCGGUGUUUGUGUUAUAAAUCAGUAGGGUAAGAAUUAUUUGGGGCUAAAAUUAUUGGGUAUUUUGUAAUUUGAGUCUUUUGGGUGGAAAGGGGUUUUAGGGAUUUUGAUGAAUUUGAAAAUUUAAGGGUUUGUAAUUCAUAGGGUGACAUGGGAUUUGGUAGUGAUGUAGCUAAAGUGGAAACUUGGGAUGUCGAAAAAUCAAAAGGAGGAAAAAAGAAGAAAGAUGAAGAUGAUUCUGGUGAAGAUACUGGUUGUUGGAUUAAGCUCAGAUUCAUAGGAAGCUGCAUUACUUCAAGAUCCAAAGUUGAUUCUUCUGUCAGUGGAACAAGUACUAACUACGCUGAAAGCAAAUCAACAAUUGAUGCAAGCAGAGAUCAACCGGUUACUGCAGUUGUCUCAUCAACAACAACAAGUAAUGCUGAAAGCAGCACAUCAACAUCCAAGCUAGAAGAAGAACUCAAAGUUUCCUCCCGACUUCGUAAAUUCGCAUUUAACGAUUUAAAAUUAGCAACUAGAAACUUCAGACCUGAAAGUCUACUUGGUGAAGGUGGCUUUGGGUGCGUGUUUAAGGGAUGGAUUGAAGAAAAUGGUACUGCUCCAGUGAAACCUGGUACAGGUCUUACUGUUGCAGUAAAGACACUCAAUCAUGAUGGACUUCAGGGUCACAAAGAAUGGCUGGCUGAAGUGAAUUAUUUGGGUGAUCUUAUUCAUCAAAAUUUGGUCAAACUAAUUGGCUAUUGUAUUGAAGAUGAUCAAAGGCUUCUAGUCUAUGAAUUCAUGCCCCGAGGAAGCUUGGAGAAUCAUCUUUUUCGAAGAUCUUUACCUCUCCCAUGGUCCAUUAGGAUGAAAAUUGCUCUUGGUGCAGCUAAGGGUCUUGCCUUUCUCCAUGAAGAAGCUGAAAAGCCUGUGAUAUAUCGUGAUUUCAAGACCUCAAAUAUUUUAUUAGAUGCGGAAUACAAUGCAAAGCUGUCGGAUUUUGGACUUGCAAAAGAUGGUCCUGAGGAAGGUAAAACUCAUGUAUCUACCCGCGUGAUGGGGACAUAUGGUUAUGCAGCCCCUGAGUAUGUGAUGACAGGCCAUCUGACUUCAAGAAGCGAUGUUUACAGCUUUGGAGUAGUGCUGCUGGAAAUGAUUACUGGCAGGAGAUCUAUGGACAAAAACCGACCCAAUGGGGAGCAUAACCUUGUUGAAUGGGCAAGGCCACAUCUUGGAGACCGAAGAAGAUUUUAUCGUCUGAUAGAUCCUCGGCUUGAAGGUCACUUUUCCAUUAAAGGUGCUCAAAAGGCUGUGCAGUUGGCUGCUCAUUGCCUUAGCCGGGAUCCAAAAGUCCGCCCUUUAAUGAGUGAAGUUGUAGAUGCCCUGAAGCCUUUACCUAACCUGAAAGAUAUGGCUAGCUCGUCCUACUAUUUCCAAACCAUGCAAGCAGACCGAGUUAGGGCCAGCCCAAAUGCUCGUAAUGGUCAACCUAUAGGUCCCCACCAAAGGAACGGGCAGCAACCAGGUCUAAGGAGCCUCUCAAUCCCACAUGGCUCACACGCUUCACCAUAUCAUCAUCAUCAAUACCAUCCAUCACCUAAACCAAGUGGGAAAUCCUAACCUCAGUUCAGUCGGUCCUCUUCUUGCUCUGCAAGCAGUCCAUCAUUCUUUUCUCCCCAGCUUCUGAUCGUUUUCAUGAAGUCAUCAGCUAAUUAAGUAUGUGAUCCUGAUAUCAAGGUUCUCUGCUCCUUGAUCAAAAAUGAAACACAACAGGGAGGAAACCCCCCCCCCCCCCCCAAAAAAAAAAAAAAAAGAAAAGAACAGAAAAAGAGGCAACAGAAGACAAUGUAUGAAUUGUGCAAACUAUUAUCUUUCAGUCAGGCUCUCUGUAAAGGAGUUAAAUGUAAGAAGAGGUGAAGCUUUGUGGGCCAGAAAUUUCAUGUCAAACCUCGCAAUGUUACGUUAGUCAAGCUUGAAAAUAUGAAAAAUGAAGUUUCUGCAAUUGUUGCCUCAGAUUAUCCCCAUUUUGUUAUAUGCUUUUCCAUCUUCAAAGAUCCCCAAAAUUGCUGUAUAGAUCAUGCUUGGAUGUAGAAACAAUGAAUCAAUGAAUUAGGUCAAACUUGUGUUGUGGGCUCAGAGCCUCAGAAUCCUGUUCUGUGGGUUGAUCCGGAGUUUUAAACCAGUUUGCUUACUAUUGUCAUUGCUGAAAUAUAGAUGUGCUUUGAGUUUUAAA